CUAGAAAGUGAAAGAAGAAGACAAAAAGGCUCUGUAUGCAACAGCUAUUGCUAAAGUACGCUGCAGGGGACACGUUACCACCUUCCAUCACCGUCUCGCUUUCUUCCACACCUUCUUGUUUCUUUCCCACUCAAAACAGAGACUUUUCUUUUGGUUUCACAGGGAAUUCAUCGAAGGGCUCUGAACAGGACGAAGGUUUAAUAGAGCUUGAUGAAAUUGUAAUUGGAGUGAAGUGAGAAGAACAAGAAGAAAAUGAUGAAAUGGGAUAACGAAGAAUCGUUGGAGAAUCAUCAGAAUAAUAAUUAUAAUAAAAGUAGUAACCAGAGAGAUGAUCAGAAUGGAAGCAGUGCUAAUGGUGCAAUGUAUGUGAAGGUUAUGACUGAUGAACAACUUGAAACUCUCAGGAAACAGAUUGCUGUUUACGCUACUAUUUGUGAACAGCUUGUUGAAAUGCAUAAAUCCCUCUCUGCCCACCAAGAUCUUGCAGGAGGCCGGUUGGGGAGUCCGUAUUUUGAUCCAUUGAUGGCAUCUACUGGGCACAAGAUUACGGCUAGACAAAGGUGGACUCCAACGCCUUUGCAGCUUCAAAUUCUGGAGAGAAUUUUCGAUGAAGGAAAUGGAACUCCAAGCAAACAAAAGAUCAAACAGAUAACCUCUGAGCUCAGCCAGCAUGGCAAAAUCUCUGAAACAAAUGUAUACCAUUGGUUCCAAAAUAGACGUGCUAGAUCAAAGAGGAAGCAAGUGGUUGCUAGUUCAUCGGCUAAUGCUGAAUCAGAGGUAGAGACAGAGGUUGAUUCAAUGAUUGAACACAAGGCUAAACCAGAGAACUUUAGCUCCCAACAGAACACAGCUCCAAGGGCUGAUGAUCUUUGCUUUCAGAGCCCUGAGAUAACCACUCAACUCCAUCUUUUGAGUAUGUUGUCAAAUACAAGAGAUGAACACCUAUCUGGUAAAAUGGGAAUGGGAGGGAGCUUCAAUCUUUAUGAGCAUGCAGAAGACUAUAAUUAAUUUCUCUGACAGAUGUAAUGAGUAGGAGCCAUCGAGAGGUAGUAGUUCAGUCUGAUUAUUGGGACUUCCACCAUGCAUGCUUGAUGUAGCAAAGUUUCAUCUUCUUCUGGUUUGAUUUUGUUACCAAAUGAUCUGGUUAUGUAAUUUGAAGAAUGAACUCUUUUUCCAGUAUUUAUAGAAUCAUAAUUUUGUAUUGCUUUUGAAUUUAAAAGCCUUUUUCCUUCUGUUAGUAGAAUGGUCUCCGGAUUUUCAUUUGAUGAA